GAAGUUUGAACUGUGCCUCUGUCCCGCUCUCUCAAGCUCCGCUUUUAUUAUUAAAACACUAGACUUCUCUCUACACUCAACACUUUCUCUCUCUACUGUCUAUCGCAUGAUCUGUCUAAAUCUAACCCUAUCUCUUCUCUCCGGACCGCCAUUGACAGGUCUCGGAGCUUCUGAAUGUAGAGUUUCCCAAGAAGAGCAGAGAAAUUGGAAUUUUCUUUGUUAAAUCUGAUCUAGAACUAUGAAGAAAUUUUGCAGACAGCAAUCAUCUCUGCCACAACAACAUGAAGACAGCUCUAGAGGAAAAUGAAGAAGUGCAGGUUUUAUGAAGAGCCUUUAAGUGAAUUGGCAGUGUACAGGGCAUGCAAAUAUGAAUAAGGAAAAUAUGACUGCUGCUAAAUUUGAAGACGCCACUGUUCGAAUGACACGAGCACGGGCUAAAGCCUUGGGCUUACCAGAAGGAUUACCAACCUCAAAACUCUUGAAAAAACAGGAUCAUAAGCAAGUUCUUCGACCAAGAUCAAAACGAGCAGCGUCUGAUGAGAACAAACCAGCUGUUAGUGUUACUGCUUGCCUUCAGAAUAAGAAAAGGUCUGUUCUUAAGGAUGUCACUAAUGUUUUCUGCGAUAAAUCGUAUAUAAACUGCAUCAAUGCUGCCAAAAUUGAGCCUGGCAAGAAGGCUAAAAAAGGUACUAUCAAGAAGAAUGCAAAGGUGGUGCCGACUGUUUUGGCAGAAAACGCUCAGGUUCAAGCGAAAGCAGAGAAAACUGAAGAAAUAUCUAGACUAUGGAUGGAGGAACCACGAGAAAUUGCUAUACCAAUGCACUUAAAAGAAAAUGUGACAAUUCAACAAAGGAAGUGUAUUAGCAUAGGAGAAUGUGGUGCAGCAGAUCUGAUGUUUGUACAGCAAACUUCCACAAAUCAUGCACAAUUCCAAAGCCCUACGAAGAAAGAAGGCAAGAUUUGCGAUAAACUGGAAGGCUCAAAUGAUCUAAGCAUUGCAAAUAUUGAUUUGAACCACAAGGAUCCUCAAAUGUGCAGCCUGUAUGCCUCUGAUAUAUAUGAUAAUUUACAUGUUAUGGAGCUUGACCGAAGGCUUUCAGUUAAUUAUAUGGAAAUAUUGCAGCGAGAUAUCACUCAGAGCAUGCGAGGAAUUCUGAUUGAUUGGCUUGUGGAGGUUUUGGAAGAAUAUAGGCUUGUUCCAGACACACUUUACCUGACUGUGAGCCUCAUUGAUCGAUAUCUCUCUCAAAAUUACAUUGAAAAGCAAAGACUCCAACUGCUUGGAGUUACUUGUAUGCUUAUUGCCUCAAAGUAUGAAGAAGUUUGUGCACCCCGUGUGGAAGAGUUUUGCUUUGUCACAGACAACACUUACACAAGAGCAGAGGUAUUGAAAAUGGAAAGUCAAGUUCUGAACUUUUUGGGUUUUCAACUGUCUGUUCCGACCACAAAAAAAUUCCUUAGGAGAUUCAUUCAAGCAGCACAAGUUUCUUACAAGGUUUCUUCCGCUGAGCUGGAAUUUUUGGCAAAUUAUUUAGCAGAACUAACUCUUGUUGAGUACAGCUUCCUGAAGAUCCUUCCAUCACUCAUAGCUGCAUCUGCUGUAUUUCUAGCUAGAUGGACGCUCAAUCAGUCGGACCAUCCAUGGAAUCCAACUCUAGAGCACUACACCAGUUACAAGGCAUCAGAUUUGGAAGGCACGGUUCUGUCAUUGCAAGAUUUGCAGCUGAACACUGGAGGAUGCUCUCUUAAUGCUAUACGUGAAAAGUAUAAGCAACAGAAGUUCAAAUCUGUGGCAACUAUAACAUCAUCAAGACCUGUUCAGUCACUAUUCUGAAGUUGAGAUAUCUAUCGGUUGGAACUGCUUUCAUGUUCUGGUAUUUAGAAGGUGCUCCUGAUCUGAAUCCAAUAUAUAAUCUUCAAUUGUCCAUCUGUAGUUCUCAUCCUUCGUUAUUAUUAUUAUUAUUAUUAUUUCUGACCUCGUGUUGCUGUUGUAUUAUUUUUACACAGUUGUGCCACAAGAGGACCUGUGUUUUUGUAAUGUAGAAUUGUAAAAGCCAGAAUAAACUGUGGCACUAAGUUUAAAACCCUAAAUGCCUUUCAGCAUAAUUUUUAACCUUUCCAACCUAUGGAAUGUUAGUUCACCGGAAAGGAGAACUAUUCGGGUUGCAAUUGUAGAUGAUGGCAUUUGUAUUUAAAACCCUAAUUAUUAUUCCCAUUUUGUUGAACAAUUUCCAUUUUAUA